CAGUCAGAGGCUUGCAGGCAGUUCUUGAGCACAUCGCUGGAGAGUCAACACAAGGGAUAAACACCCAGGCAGCACUGUGCAGAGGAAUUUAUUGCUCAAAUCAUGAAAUAAAUAUAAAACGCUGGCAAGAACCAUAAAAAAAAGAAAGAAAAAAAAUAUAUCGCAAAACCAGUUCAUGAAGACAAAGCUAUCGCAUCAACAAUAACUUGAAGCACAUAAACAACAGAGUAUUUGUAAUAUUAGGAAACAUUUGAAGCCCAGUUCAAUGCACCAUGAGUCUUCUUCACGUUAGGUACCCAUCCUGGAUUACGUUAUGCUUCUGGUUGUUUCGCUUUGCACACAGGGGGGAAGCACAGUCUGCUAAAGAAGUUAUAUUAUUGGAUUCCAAAGCACAACAGACAGAGUUAGAAUGGAUUUCUUCUCCUUCCAGUGGGUGGGAAGAAAUCAGUGGACUGGAUGAAAAUUACACACCAAUUAGAACAUAUCAGGUAUGCCAGGUCUUGGAGCCAAACCAGAACAACUGGCUACGGACUAGCUGGAUUGCAAAAGGGAAUGCACAAAGGAUUUUUGUUGAACUGAAGUUCACAUUAAGGGAUUGUAAUAGUCUUCCUGGUGUUCUGGGAACUUGCAAGGAAACCUUUAACUUGUAUUAUUAUGAAACAGAUUAUGAUACUGGCAGAAACAUGAGAGAAAGUCAAUAUGUGAAAAUAGACACUAUUGCUGCAGAUGAAAGUUUUACCCAGGGAGACCUUGGAGAACGAAAAAUGAAAUUAAAUACAGAGGUUCGCGAAAUUGGACCUCUUUCUAGAAAAGGAUUUUACCUGGCAUUUCAGGAUGUCGGAGCCUGCAUUGCUUUAGUUUCUGUUAAGGUUUACUACAAAAAGUGCUGGUCCAUUAUAGAGAAUUUAGCUGUUUUUCCUGACACAGUUACUGGUUCUGAGUUCUCAUCAUUGGUUGAAGUAAGAGGAACAUGUGUAAGCAAUGCCGAAGAAGAAGCGGACAAUUCUCCCAGAAUGCACUGCAGCGCUGAAGGAGAAUGGUUGGUCCCUAUUGGGAAAUGCAUCUGCAAAGCAGGAUACCAGCAAAAAGGAGACACUUGUGAACCAUGUGGUCGAGGUUUCUAUAAAUCAUCAUCUCAAGAUUUACAGUGCUCUAGAUGCCCUGCACACAGCUUCUCAGACAGAGAAGGUUCAUCCCGUUGUGACUGUGAAGAUGGCUAUUAUAGAGCUUUCUCUGACCCACCAUAUAUUGCAUGCACAAGACCUCCAUCAGCACCGCAGAACCUGAUCUAUAAUAUUAAUCAGACAACGGUAAGCUUGGAAUGGAGUCCGCCAGCAGAUAAUGGUGGAAGGAAUGACGUUACAUAUCGGGUCGUGUGCAAAAGAUGUAGCUGGGAACAGGGGGAAUGUGUUCCCUGUGGGAAUAACGUUGGAUAUGUGCCACAGCAAAGUGGAUUAUUAGAUACAUAUAUUACUAUUUUGGAUCUUCUGGCUCAUGCUAACUACACUUUUGAAGUAGAAGCUGUGAAUGGGGUUACAGAUAUGAGUCGUUCCCAGAGGCUUUUUGCCGCUGUUAGUGUCACAACGGGACAAGCAGCUCCCUCACAAGUCAGUGGUGUAAUGAAGGAGCGUGUAUUACAGCGUAUGGUUGAUCUGUCCUGGCAGGAACCUGAACAUCCCAAUGGAGUUAUCACAGAGUAUGAAAUUAAGUACUAUGAAAAAGACCAGCGAGAUCGUACAUAUUCAACAUUGAAAACAAAGGCUACUUCUGCCUCAAUCAAUAAUCUUCGACCUGGAACCGUUUAUGUUUUUCAAAUCCGUGCAUUUACUGCUGCUGGAUAUGGAAUGUAUAGUCCGAGGCUUGAUAUCACCACCCUUGAGGAGGCAACAGCAACUGCUGUCUCCACUGAGCAAAAUCCGGUCAUUAUCAUAGCUGUGGUAGCUGUAGCUGGUACCAUCAUUUUAGUUUUCAUGGUCUUUGGCUUCAUCAUUGGAAGAAGGCAUUGUGGUUACAGUAAAGCUGAUCAAGAAGGUGAUGAAGAACUUUACUUUCAUUUUAAAUUUCCAGGCACCAAAACCUACAUUGACCCUGAAACCUAUGAGGAUCCAAAUAGAGCUGUCCAUCAAUUUGCCAAGGAGCUGGAUGCAUCUUGUAUUAAAAUUGAGCGUGUGAUUGGUGCAGGAGAAUUUGGUGAAGUAUGCAGUGGUCGAUUAAAGCUUCCAGGAAAGAGAGAUGUGGCGGUUGCCAUAAAAACUCUUAAAGUUGGUUACACAGAAAAACAAAGAAGAGACUUUCUUUGUGAAGCUAGUAUUAUGGGGCAGUUUGAUCACCCUAAUGUUGUUCAUUUAGAAGGCGUAGUAACACGAGGAAAACCAGUAAUGAUUGUAAUAGAGUUCAUGGAAAAUGGAGCGCUUGAUGCAUUUUUAAGGAACUGUUUGGAAUGGUUUACGUCCCCUCCCAAAUCUAAACCAUCUGGAUCAACUCAGACAAUGCCAUCUGUAAAAGUCCAAACAUUAAACAAUCCAGGAACAAAUUCACAGAAACAUGAUGGCCAAUUCACAGUCAUUCAGCUGGUUGGAAUGUUAAGAGGAAUUGCAGCAGGAAUGAGGUACUUAGCUGACAUGGGAUAUGUGCACAGGGACCUUGCUGCACGCAACAUUCUUGUCAACAGCAACCUUGUUUGCAAAGUAUCUGACUUUGGACUGUCCAGAGUAAUAGAUGAUGAUCCUGAUGCUGUAUAUACUACAACAGGGGGAAAGAUUCCUGUAAGAUGGACAGCACCAGAAGCUAUCCAAUAUCGCAAGUUUACCUCAGCAAGCGAUGUGUGGAGUUACGGAAUUGUGAUGUGGGAAGUAAUGUCCUAUGGAGAAAGGCCUUACUGGGAUAUGUCAAACCAGGAUGUUAUAAAAGCCAUUGAAGAAGGUUACCGUUUGCCUGCGCCAAUGGAUUGCCCUGCUGGUCUUCAUCAGCUGAUGCUAGAUUGCUGGCAAAAGGAGCGAGGAGAAAGGCCUAAGUUUGAACAAAUAGUUGGUAUUCUAGACAAAAUGAUAAGGAACCCCAACAGUCUGAAAACUCCUAUGGGAACUUGCAAUAGACCUAUAAGCCCCCUUCUUGAUCAGAAUACUCUAGACUUUACUUCGUUCUGCUCAAUUGGAGAGUGGCUAGAAGCAAUCAAGAUGGAGAGAUAUAAGGAAAAGUUCUCCUCCGCAGGGUACAAUAACCUUGAAUCUGUGGCCAGGAUGACUAUUGAUGAUGUCAUGAGUUUAGGAAUCACAUUGGUUGGCCACCAGAAGAAAAUAAUGAGCAGUAUUCAGACUAUGAGGGCACAGAUGUUACAUCUACAUGGAACAGGCAUACAGGUGUGAUAGGAAGCCCUCCCUUAUGAGGGAGGAAAGACAUUGAGACAACAGCACUGGCCUUCACUACACAAGAACUGCUGCUAGAUUAUACUCAGUUCCCUGGGUCCUCUUUACUAUGGCUUUCUACAGUAGAUGAUUAUCAACUAGAUCCUCAAGCACCUACAGACUUGAACUCCUAAGUGCCACAAGACCGUACCCGAGAGUGUAAUAGGGAAAUAAUGUGGCAAGAAAGAAAGCAGUAAAACAAUAUACUACCUGCAAUGAAAACAGAGCUUUCUAACCUCCUUUUUACCCAAUGGACUUUUUCAAAUGUACUGUAUAUAAAUAAUUUUAAAAAGAAUAUAUUUGUGGGAUAAAAAGUUAAGACAAUUAGUUAAUGCAGCUUAAUAUUUUCCUGAAGCUGUAAUUUAUGAAAUAUAUUUUUUUUUCAUGUGUUAUCCUUCUAAACCUCCCCCUUUUUUAGUACUGUAUAUUUCAUUUUAAGCUAUUAAUAGCAAAAUGUGAAUAGCAUGGUUCAAAAUAUGUUUAAUUGACGAAGGUGUUUUAUUUAGUGACAUGUAGGCAUUGGCAAAUCUAUGACAGACAAACGCAUAUACAAACGAUAAUAACUCUGCUAUUUUUAAAGAUUUUCUAAAGAUUUAUGCAUAAAGCAAUAAUGACAGUUUGUGGUGCUAUGACACUUUUGUUUCAUAGUUCACAAUAGAAAUGUUUUCUCAUAUUAAAUAAUUGAUAACAGCUGAGAGUUCUUUAAUUCUCAGAAAUAGCAGGGUCUCCUGAAUUAGACAGUAUAAACUAGUAAUGCAAACGUUUACUCAUUCCCUACCGUAAAUCUUUUAUUCAAUGUAGAAUAAACCCUUCUGGUAAAGUUGUUGUCUACACCGAUCACUGCCAGAAGUACAUGCAAUUUUGUGCAAAGGUUAAUAAGGAUUUAACAUUUUUAUAUAAUAUUAGAUUUGAAACAAAUAGCCAAAAUAUAUUUUGUACAAGAUCUUGUUGAAUGCAAUCCAAAUUUGAUUGUAUUAUUUUAGAUUUUAUAAUAGCACUAUAUAUAUAUAUAUAUAUAUACAUAUAUAUAUCAGGGUAAAAAGGGUAGUAGUUUUUGUUUUUCUUCACGAUUGGAGAGUUGUGCAUCAGAGAAUAGUGUUUUCAAUUCUUAUAAUACAAAAAAAUACCUAUAACAUUUUUUUGCCUUUUUGUGUCUACAGAAGCAAUAAUAAAUUGUGUCUUUCUAGGUAUUUCCUUUGUGCAUAUCUUUAGAGUAAGAAUUAUAUUUGUAAAACUUGUUUAGCUAGUGAAUGACCCAUCACAUGGAACCAUGUACUUCCAAACAAAAUGGGGUUGUUAAAUGAAAGAUCCCAGGGAUCUGCAAGAAUUUGGUCUAGUUUGAUAAUGUGGGCAUCCACAAAACUGUAAAUGUUUCAAUGUAAAGUGUGUAAAUUUUAUUUAUACUGUCUUGUUUUGUACACAUAUUUCUCUGUAGUGAGCUCUGAAUACAUUAAAAUGCACUAUAUUUUUCUAUUUUACUUUCAGAGAAUCACAGAAACAGGUAUUUCAGUGCUACAUAAUGUAUUUUACCAUAUAGGACCAAAGAUGGCUGCAGAUAACACAAAUGGAUAUCCUCCUUUGCUUGUUUUUACUUUCUAUCCAUUUAAAUCUAUAUACACUGUUAUAUUUUAACAUUUUUAUUUAUUUUAUUUGUUAAAUAAUUAUCAAUUGUAAAAUGUUUCUUUAAAAACAGUAAAAUGCAUUUUCAAUAUUUCCAUUUCAUAGACACUUCCAUUUGUAAUCUUUGUACUAGACUGUAAAUAUAUUUUUGGAACUAUAA